AUGAAUAGCUUGCAAAAGCACUGGCCCAUACUCCAGACAGAUAGAGAUUUAUCUCUAGCUUUACCUACAAAACCUCAAGCGAGUUGGAGAAGGUCCAGGAAUAUAAAAGAUCGACUUGUCCAUAGUCAUCUGACCAAAGCCACAGAUAAAAAAUCUAAAUCAAUGGGUUCGAUGCCUUGUGCAGAUGAACACACAAGCAGGAAUAUCUCAGAAGGACAUCUAAUAUCAUCCCAGGAUUGUGAAAUAAAAGAUGACAGUAGACAGGAUUCUCCAGGAGCUAACCCCAUUACCCCAAUUCCAGUUAAGGCAGGUGAGAGGCAGUUUCCAUGUUCUGAGUGUGGGAAAUGUUUUGCACGGAAAUUAUUUCUUGUUCACCAUGAGAGAAGUCACACCGGAGAGAAGCCAUUUUCUUGUUCCGAGUGUGGAAAACGUUUUUCACACAAGUCAUAUCUUGUUAUGCAUGAGAGAAGUCACACCGGAGAGAAGCCAUUUACAUGUUCUGAGUGUGGAAAAGGUUUUUCACAGAAAUCAACUCUUGUUCAACAUGAGAGAAGUCACACCGGAGAGAAGCCAUUUACAUGUUCUGAGUGUGGGAAACGUUUUGCACUUAAAUCAACUCUUGUUAGACAUGAGAGAAGUCACACCGGAGAGAAGCCAUUUACAUGUUCUGAGUGUGGGAAAUGUUUUACACAGAAAUCGAAUCUUGUUCAACAUGAAAGAAGUCACACCGGAGAGAAGCCAUUUUCUUGUUCUGAGUGUGGAAAAGAUUUUUCACACAAGUCAUAUCUUAUUAUACAUGAGAGAAGUCACACCGGAGAGAAGCCAUUUUCAUGUUCUGAGUGUGGGAAACGUUUUGCACUUAAAUCAGCUCUUGUUAGACAUGAGAGAAGUCACACCGGAGAGAAGCCAUUUUCAUGUUCUGAGUGUGAAGAAUGUUUUACACAGAAAUCAACUCUUGUUAGACAUGAGAGACUUCACACAAGUGAGAAGCCAUUUCCAUGUUCUGAGUGUGGGAAAUGUUUUACACGGAAAUCACAUCUUGUUCAACAUGAGAGAACUCACAGAGGUGUGAAGCUAUUUACAUGCUCUGAGUGA